CUGCUUGCUGUCAAUUGCCAAUCAUUGCAACUGCGGCACGAAUCGUCUUCCAAUCGUCAUGUCGUGAACAGGUUGAACUUUUCCAUUGGCUUUGUUUGUUUACAAAUUUGUUUGAACUGAAUUGUUGCGAUUUGUGAAAGUGUUGACAGUGGGAACAUGAACGACAUAUUUACGCUUUCGGGUUUUGUUGACUUGACGUCGUUGGUGAAGGAGCCAUUGAAGCAAACAUGUCGCAUAAAGUAUACAUGUUUCGACGCAUCCGCCAACUACAUCAUAUUCGGUGCAAGUUCAGGUAGCCUCUACCUGUUCAGUCGUAAUCCAGCCAAAUUUCUUCACCUGACGCCGAGCAAGCAUGGCCCGAUCACUCUUCUAUCGAUUUCACCAAACGAGAGAUAUGUCGCCUUUGCGACCAGCAAGGGCGCGAUUUGCGUCUACGUGAUAAAUCUUUCGCCAAAUACAGCGCCGCAGAUGACUUCGACGAAUGUGGGUGAUGCGGGUGUGAGUUAUUUGCAUUGGAGUGCGGACGAGAAACAAUUCUACUAUGGGACGAGGGGAGGCGAAGUGCACCUUGUUUCCCUCACGCUGUUUAUGGGGAGGACCUUGCUUAAUCUGUCGGUGCACCCAAUUCUCUUCCUCGACUCGCCAAUCGUGCAGAUUAGCGACUUCGAAUCGCUGCUGCUCGUCUCCAACUACACCAAAUGUAUCUUAUGCAAUACUGAAUAUGAGGAAUACAAACAGAUUGGAAAUCGUCCGCGUGAUGGAUAUUUUGGUGCAACUUUUGCUAUUUCACCCAAUGAAAAUUUAUUCGCUUCACGAAUUUACUGUGCCCGACCAGGAUCUCGCCUCUGGGAGGUAGACCUUGAAGGGAACGUAUUACAAACACAUCAGUUCAAGGAGUCUUUAGCAUGUCCACCGGUUCGAAUAAUAAGAAAUCUUGAUGAGAUUCAACAAUAUUGUGACGACGAAAGAGAUGGCAACGAGGACAGCAACACGUAUCCACCUCAAAUACUACAGUUUCCAAAACUCCAAACAAUCCUCUCAGAGCUCAUUUUUACGCACACUGAAACAGGUGUGUAUAUUUUCGAUCCUAGAACAUCUUCAGUGGUUUUAUGGUGCAAUGAAUUCAAUGACCGGAUUACCGAUUGCAAAGUGAUAGGCAGUGAUAUUUUCAUAUUUACAAAUUUGGGUUCAUUGCAACGUGUGCAGCUGAAUACUUUGCAAUCUCACGCUAUAGAAUUAGUGCACAGACAGCGUCUACUGGAAUGCGCACAACUUCUUAAAACGAAUUUAAAAUAUUUCGCUGAGAAAGCCAAAGAACAAUACGACUUGCAUAUUUUGGGCACAAUCAAAUCGUAUUUGAUCUCAAACAGCCAAUACGAAAUGCUAAAUGAUCUGUCGGUUAUAUUUGACAGUAUGAAUCAGAACGAGAACGAUAUUAUCGCGACUUCAAAACGAGCUCCUACAAAAACGAAAAGGCUAAACAAUGGAGUCUACAUCCUAGAAAACUCAUUUUGCGAGAAUCUCAAAAUAAAACCAAAUUCUGAUAAGCAAUUGAAGGACGCGUUACUUACAGUGACCGGCAGGUUUGGCAAAAAUAUUAUCAAGUACAAAUUCAAUAUUUUCGCAGAAGAUCAAAAGAAUUUGGUGAACGAUCUCAUUCCGAUUGAGAGAAACAAUCCAUUCAAAGAGAUUAAUGAGCAGUUAGAAAACGAUCAAGACGUUAUUUGUGAUAGAUUGCGGGAGACCCGAAAGAUGCAAGAAAUAGUUCCAGAAACAAUUUUGUCGGAGGAGCAAAAAACGGUUUAUAAUUUAUUCAUGAUAUUCAAAUCAUCGCAAAUUAGCAAUGUGAACUUUCUGGAUCGGUACAGCACAAUAUUCGAUACGUACGAUUCUCGUGAGAUCAUAGAAUUGCUGGAAAAACUGAAAGAAGUCAUGGUAGAAAAUGGUGAUAAUCAAGUAGAAGCUAAGAAAAAUUGCUACGAGAUGUAUUUCAAUUAUUUGAAUCCGGAAAUUAUCUGGGAGGUCGACGACAUAUCAAGAGAGUUCAUAAUCGAUGGCUUCGUACUUGUGAACGCAGUAGAACUUAGUCGAUGCAGUAAUUGCGGUUUCCCACUCGAGUUCCCGGCAAAGUGUCGAUUCCACGCACUGGGUGAAACUCUUGUGAAAUUUCUAUGGUCUCGCAAUGAGCAGAAACGAUGUUUGGAGAUCCUAAACGCGGUUCCAUCUAUCAUAGACACUGUGUGUCGAUUCUACAUGCAGGAAGGUCAAAUUGCAAAGGCCAUCUCAGUUGCCUUGAGUUACCCAGAUGUGAGCUUGUUCCGUGAAGCUGCCAAAUCUUUUGACAUAGAUGAAUGGGAGAAGUGUUUCGAAAUAUUUGCUAGCAUCCAGUUAGGGCAAGUAAGCUGUGUUAAUUGUGAUAAUCGAGUGAUGGACACGGAACAAAUCGAUAUCAAUCGAUACUUUGAUUGGAAUUCUUUCCUGGACGUGGCUUUGCAAUAUAAUAAAUCGCGAGAUGUGUUAAAUUUACUCCUGAAGUAUUCAAAUCUUAUUCCGAAUAAUGCCAUAGGUCGAACGUUCUUUGUAAAAUGCUUGGUGAACGGAGAAUAGAUAACAGAAUGAGAAAUGUAAGUGGGCGACAAAUUUACUGCUCAAAUCAUAUGAAUUAAAUACAAAACAUUCCAUACAUUUAAAAUUGAUUUAUUAUUAGCCAAAAGCUUUACUAGAAUCCAAUGAAAGAAUUUUCUUCCAUCCAUAGUUGCAUAGUUCUUUCGCCUCUUGCGGUUCUUAAAUUGAACGUUACCUCGCGUUUUGUUCUCAGAUCCGAAAGCCAUUCAAUUAAGUUUAAGAAAGGAAAGUCGAAGUCUAAAUAAAUGUUCUACUAUAUAUAUAUAUAAAUUUUUCAGAAAAAUAAGUAAUUUAUUGUUGUUCCA